AUGGUAGUGGCUUCAAUACAGUGCGUGAUCGCUGGUCAAGCAGGAAGCUCGUUCGAUGUGGAGAUCGACGAUGCUGCGAAGGUUAGCAAGUUGAAGAAGGCGAUCAAGGAAAAAAAGUCCAACGAACUCAAAUAUGUCGAUGCAGACAAGCUACAGCUCUUCCUGGCGAAGCAGCCCAUUGCAGAGGAGGGCGGCAAAGAGGUCGUUCCUGAUUACCGCCCUUCUGCGAAGGAAAUGAAGAAAAGGCUCAAAUGGCUCCCAGACGAACAUCGGGCUGCUCUGAAGCUGGCGAAAGGAGAAUCCGACGACUACAUCAAUGCGCUGAUGGCCGGAGAACAGAUUCUAGGCUCAAAGACCUUAGCAACGUGGCUCUACACGAAGAACAACAUGGAGCUCCCAUCCAGUGAACAAAUUCACAUGCUGGUGAAGGUGCCGGAGGGGGCUUCAGCAGUGCCUCUUCCAACGACCACUGCACUGAAAGAGCCGAACACAUACGCUGAGGAGUGCUUGUCGAUCCAAGAAUGGGACAUUGGCGUUGUGCACAAGAUUCCUCUGAUUUGGGAAUUCAUGAGGAAAUUGGGCAGAUGCACAAACAGUGGGAAAAUCUAUUGGCGAAUCGAAGAUAAGAAAGUCGUAUCGGUGCUGGUGGAUGGCUGGUUUCGUGCGUCUUCUCCCUCGAACAUUAACGUGCAUGCAAACAAGAAGAGUAUUGUGAUGGGCUCACCAGGGAUCGGCAAGUCGACGCUGUUGUGUUUAUUGGCCUUUUAUCUCGUUUUCAAGCACAAGACGAAUGUGUUGAUGUACCGGCGAUUGACCUUAUUCAAGCAAGAGAACUGCCUGUUAUAUCUGGGAUACGACGGUGACAAGGUCGUAUUUUUUUCAAAAGAGUCGUGCAAAGUAUCGAAAGCCGAACCUAUCUACCAAGCCUUGCGGCGACAGCACGGUGAUGCGAAUGCGUGGCUGUUGUUGGAUGGAUUUCACCAUCACCAAAUUUCAGAAGGCCUCCGAACGUACAACGUGCUGGCGACCUCGCAGCAAGUGAAGUUGAAGGAUCACGAAAUUACUGAUGCGUACCUCUGCCUGUUUCCGUGCUGGAGAAAGCAGGACCCUUUCAAGCUGGGAGAGCAAGUGUACCAUUCAGACGCGGUGGAGAUGGAUAAUCGAUAUUACUAUUCUGGUGGAAGCGUGCUCCUUUUCACCCUCCCAACCAUCGACUUGAUAGAACAAGCGAUUCGUGUUGCACUCCACGAGGUGUCUGAUGUCGCUCGCAUUAUAUCAACCCAGUCAACUAGCGCGACGAACGACUCACAGGUGGACCGCUUGCGCCACACAUUUAUCGAGGAUGUGGCGAAUUUGACACACUAUACCAAAUCGUCACAUUGGCAGCAAAUGGUGGACUCGGAAUACGCUGUGCGUAAGCUCUCGUUUAAGCUUCCAUUGGACGCACUUUUUCUGGUUUAUAACUGGGCACGGACGACGAAACAUGGAGCACUUGCUGGAUGCGCUUUGGAAAUAUACAUCCACCGUCUUGCGGCCGACAACCGAUUGUCGCUCAAAGCAGUGAUUGAAAAAAAAAUAUUUACGACGAUUUUACAUAAUCACCGCAAUUGCAGUCUACGCUCGCAGAAACGUCUGGUUUUGCAGAGUCGAAAGUCGACUUGCAAUUUACACUGCAAUACCUUAAUGCUCUCCAAUUUACAUUGCAAUACUUCAUCACCUUGCAAAAUGCAUUGCUCAUCGGAAGGACCGUUUUUAUCGAAGAAUUACUGUAGACGUCUACUGGAGUUGUUACCGAACUAUUUCGAAGUUUAA